AUGGCGGCGCUGUGUUGGACCCGCACCAUGGGUGCCGAGAGUCGUUUCCUCCAAGUGUUUGUUUUCUCCCGGCCUUUUAGAGGCUCGGGUACUCAGAGUGGCUCCGGAAGCGAGAGUUCUAAUUCUGCAGAACCUCGAGCUCGCCCAGGUGGCUUUGCAAACGCACUGGAAAGGUUCUCGGAACUGCAGCAGCAGGAGCAACUCAGACGGGGUUCUCCAAAGAAGGUGGAAUCCUUUGCAUCUAUGCUGAGACACUCGCCUCUUACACAGAUGGGACCUGCCAAGGAUAAACUGGUCAUUGGACGAAUCAUUCAUAUUGUGGAAAAUGAUCUUUACAUAGAUUUUGGUGGCAAGUUUCAUUGUGUAUGCAGAAGACCAGAAGUGGAUGGAGAGUAA